CCACUGGAUCAAUCAAAACAAGUAUUCGUCUAUGACAUGAAAAGCACGAAAUAAAUCUUCUACUUUCUACAUUAACGUUUUUCUUUAUCAAAAUAACUAUUGUCAGCGCUAAAAGUUAAAUGUAUAAUCCCUUCCAUGAUCGGUUGUUCGAUGUGUUCUCCUCCCAGCAUGACACCCGUUGCUCAUUCGAAGACAUUUUGGAUAUGUUCAGCGUUAUGUCGCACAGUUGUCCCCAGCAGAUAAAAGCAGCCUGGGCAUUUCGAGUAUUCGAUUGCGAUAACGACAACAUGAUAACCAGAGAGGACAUAUCUGCCAUCUGUGACCGUUUGACAAAAUACGACCGUCUAAUGGAAGAGGACAAAGAAAACAUUGCUGAAGUGAUACUCAACGAAAUGGAUCUACAAAAAAAUGGAAGCUUGGCGGAAUUUGAGUUCAUCCAUGUUAUCUCUAAAGUAUCUGAGUUUCAUCACACAUUUUCAUUCCGACCUUGAUCGUACGACAGUGUGGCUGAAUUUUUUAAAAUGAUAUUUCAU